AAGAAAAGUAUAUAAAAAAUUAUACAUCGAAAGAUUGGGUAGCUCAAUCCAAAUGCUCUUUCCAGAGGUCCGGCGAGGAUCAUAUAUCUCUUAAGCCUCGUAACAGACACGCAAAUUUUCCUUGACAAGUUUCCUUGACAAGUUUACCUUUUUGUGUGUACAGUCAACAAGUUUUCCUUGACAAGUUUACCUUCUCGUGUGUACAGUCAACAAGUUUUCCUUGACAAGUUUACCUUCUCGUGUGUACAGUCAACAAGUUUUCCUUGAAAAGAUUGCUUUCUAGUGUGUACGGUCAACAAGCUUUCCUUGACAAGUUUACUUUCUCGUGUGUAUAGUCAACAAGUUUCCCUUGACAAGUUUACUUUCUCGUGUGUAUAGUCAACAAGCUUUCCUUGACAAGUUUCCCUUGACAAGUUUCCCUUGCACGGAAUGUUGUUAGGCCUAAUUACAUGGUUUGUACAAAACUUGAAAGUCCUUGAAUUUGAAAACAAAAAUUCAAGGCCUUGAAUGUCUUGGAAUUUGUAAAGAAGUACUUGAAAGUUCUUGAAUUCUUCUUGGCUUUAGUUCAAGGAUAUUUUCGGAAAUUGUUUUGUUGAAUAGAUUUUGGAUGUUAAUAUCUGAGAAAGCUGUAUAUGAAACUAAUUAAAGUUGCAUUUCGAACAAUUCAACGUCACAUUUUACUGAUUUCUAACGCCUUUUCUUCAGUAUUUAGUGCUUGAAUUUGCUGAUACAUGGCCUUGAAUGUCCUUGGGAAGUCCUUCAAUUCAACUCUCUCUGACAUGUACGAACCCUGUGGUUAAACAUUUAUCUCGCGUCAAGGCCGCCUGUUGCUUGCCAAAACCAUAGAACUGAUAGAAGUAUUCUUGGACACUUGUCAAGUUUUCCUUGCACACAUGAACAAAUUUUCAUUGAUGUUUGUGUUGUUACUCUGAGUGAAAAUCCACACCGGAAAAGCUUGAAAAAUAUGCCUGGCCACGGUGGGAAUCGAACCUACGACCUUUGGAAUACAAGCCCAAUGAGUACAUAACACCAACACAGGAAAAAUCAAAUUUUCAUUGUCCAAAAGCUCACAUGACUAGCUUUGAAACAUGGAUCCCUUGGCACUUUUUGCCGUACACACACGGAAAGGUCGUAUAAAAAGUACCAACUGAAAAUUAAACUUUAUCUAUAUAACAGAAAAGGACUAAUCCAGCUUCCUUUGCGAAAAAUUGUUGACCGCUCUUCAAUGGAAAUUUUCAGAAGUUUACAAAAAUGUUUCCAAUGUUUGCUCAAUUGUUUACAAUGUCAAUGUUUUCAAAAAUAUUUACAAUGGAACAAAUUCCACAAAAACAACUUACUAUAUUUCGAUAUUUAGAACUUCACUUAUCUAGAUGAAAAACAGAAAUUAUGAAAACUUAAUCGAUGUAUACCUCUCAAUUCCUCGAGCUCUCGCAAUUUUUCCAAUUCAAUGAGCCGUUCCACAUCGGAUUCAUCUUUCGACAAAACUGGCUGGCUCAUAACCGCAUCCCUUGUUUGUGAAUACUGCGAAUAACCCAUUCCCGAAUCCAGAUUGCUUCCGAUCGGGCUGUGAUAAUCUUGCUGAGGUAAUAUAACAUGAGACGCAGGCAUCGCGUCUUUUGCGUAAUAAUCUAACCCGACCAUCUUGGGACCAUACUUUUUGUUGAUAUCCUGAACACCUUCAUAGUUUUUUAAUUGAUUAUCGCUUAGAAUUCCAGGCGAGGUCUCGUAAUCUUUACCUUUGAAAUCAGUCAUGUCGCCUUGUAGUAUCGGCGAGUCUAUAUCUGAUCUUCGUUUCGAGUAUAACUUUGCCAAGUAUUGCCGGUACUUGAGUAAUCGAGCUAAGUGUUGUUUUUGUGCUACUAAUGACGCUACAUCGGUCCUCGGGCUAGCCGACUGCUCGUGAAUAUCUCCAAAUUGUUCACGAGGUCGAUCUGUCACAUAAUUAUAAAGUACAUUUCGCUUGCCCUUUUCUUGAUUUCCAUUAUUGACAAUUAAACUUUGAUUUUGAUCAUUCGCCGUGUGGCCUAAAUUAACUCCAAUAUUUAGCAAGCCCAAUAAAACGAUCCCAAUUGCUUUCCAUUUAAUGCACUUCCUCGAAACAAUGACUUUAUUUAAGCCCAUAAUUACUAACGAUUGCUCCCCUUUUUAUAAAAAUUCUUCAUGUCUUAGAUUUGUUGGAGAAAAGACGAAAAAAAAGCCAUUUAUAUUUGUUAAUAUUUUGAAGUUUCUUCAUAGUUUCACGCUGUUCACUCUACCUGCCGGCUUCAUUGUUUUUUCACGUAUUUGACGGGUGCUACAUAGGAAGGUUAAUGGCGAUGAUUUUUCAUAGUAGAAGCUGCUGUGGGUUGUCUAAACUACCUGAAAAAAAUUCGUUUAGACAACGGUUGUCAACAUUUCCAACAGAGGCCCUUACAGAUGGGACGUUUGUAUCAGCUAUGAUAUGGAGUUUACGCAUGUAAGGAUGACAGCUGUCAAUACAAUGGCACAAAAGAAAUGACAAGUUUUAAGCCUAUAUAGUAGGGGUUUUAGACGUCGUCCAAGCUCUAUUGACAAAGGCAAAAUGCAUAUCUUCACGUCUCGUAGAGUAGUACGCUAGCAUUUCGAGCCGUGACUGGUAUAGUUUUUCUAGCAGAGUUGAUCGAAAUAUUGCUCUGAAGGUUAAAGCUCUGUUUUGCUCGUUCGAAACUGUGUUAAAUUCAAACGAAAGUAAAUACAAAACAAGAUUUCCAUGUAUAAUAAUUUAUUUCAAACAGUUUGUUUAGCCGUCGUCCUGACGGUGGCAUGCGUAUAAACUCUUCAUUAACGUUCUGACGAAGGGACUUCGCUGUCGAAAUGUAACAACUUUCCAUACAGUUAUUUCCAUACAGUUAUAUCAAAUCAGUCAGUGUAGAAACACGCGAGGCGAGUAACAGACCCUUCCGGAAAAUACCUGGCCUCGUUUUCGGGAUUGAGAUAUCGGCACGACAGAUUAUUGUAAAAUAGUUCUAUCUUUUACAGCUAAUUCAAAAAAGGUUGUCCUACUAUACUACCUACACUGAACAACCACGUUUGAGAUAUCCUUUUCAGGUAGUUCAGACACAAACCUCGACAGCUUUUUGUAGAAUACUAUACUAUACUACACUGAACCAUCACGUUCGAGAUAUUAUCUUUAAAUAAAGUCAAUGUCAGAUAAUUAUAAUCUGAUUGGAAUCACAAAUGAAAUUCAUCUGACAAAUUAAAUAAAUGCAGGUUGAAAAUAUGAAGAGUACACUAUAACUUUAAAUUUGUUAUCUAUAACAAUCUAUCACCCGUAUAAACAACUGGUCGAAUCUUUAAAACCUUUUUUGUAAUGAAAAAUAUAUUUCUAAGGCAGAAAUUCGUCUUCCUUCAACCAAUAAGAACAAACCUAGUAUUUACAUCAUUUAAAUUAUGUGGGAACAUUGAAUAGGACUGUUAACCCCAAAACAUUUUAUAUUGCUUUGUUCUGUGUGCCUAUACGCGUCAGUUACCUCAGCGAACUACAACAAAUGCUUCAUUAAUAUAUUAAAGAACCCGCGUACUAAGUCCGAACUCGCUUCGUUUUUAUAUUUCUUCAAUAUUUCAAUGUAAUUUUCUGGCUAUUUUUGGGUCUAGCAAAGACCAAACUAUGAAUUUAUUUUGGUUCCUAUAUGGCUUGAGUGUACUACUAGUUUUAAACGCGAACGUCGAAGGGAAAAGAACACACGGGGCUCACAAAAAGGAUAAAAGAUUACAAAGCAAGCGAAAUAGUAUAAAAGGAAAGGGUAUAAUUAAGAAGCUAGAUUUGGGGUCAAAAGAUAAAGAUGAUUCGUCGGAGGUUACCAAAAGACAGUUUAUGUAUCGACCUUACGAUAUGGCUAAUUAUCCGAUCUUAAAACCACCUCCGAUACGCCAUUUUGUGGUACAUCAUCAUGCAAGUUAGUUUGUACAUCAUUUAGUUGAUAUUUAUCUUUAUAUUUGAAUGUAGAUUGUGGAAUGUUUUUAUGGAAAUUUAAAUAUAUAGUGGUGAUAUUUCCGCCCUAUUGAAUAUUAUAUCAAUCUUAGCUUUAUCUUAUCAAUUUUGUACGAUUAUAAUGAUUAUAUUCCGUUAUAACGUUUCUCAAACUAAAAUUGUUGUCAUACCUGCUGAGAUGCUUGGAUUAAGCUACACUCCUGUAGUUGAACCUGGCGAGCUUUUCAUGAUAAAAUUUCGUCUUCAGGCUUGGCAGCUUUCUUCCGUGCUCAUGUAGAAAGCUUUUCUUGACUCUUGGCAACAAGAAAUGAUCUUAUGAUCUUUCACAAAUUAUCAAGAGUUCUGUUUUGUAUGAUACUCUUGUUCAAAAGCUCACUUAAAGUAAAGUUAGUCUUGUCAGAUUGAAUAUCAUAUAAUCCUAUUGUAGAUUUUCCCUGCAGCGCUGGCAUUGAAUAACAGACACUUCGAUCCGUUAGUGCCUCAGGCCGGAGAUUAUUUAAAUGUCUUGUCUAAGAUACAAAUUGACAAAUCUAUCCCUUGUAAAUUUACCUUAUUAGAAAGCUCGGCUACUAACAAUUGCAGAUGCCCAUUAUGUUUUCUGUUCUCCCUUUAUUCAACUGUAGUGUAAGACUACAUGUCCACUGUCACCUGAUAUUUUGAUCUUUUACACAAUUCGUCUUUUCUUCGGUAUCUUCUGUCAUUCGUUCUCCUUUAUCUCAUUCAAAAAUGUAUAUGACCAGCUUUUCUUCAUCUCUUUUCAUAUUACAUGUCCAUACGAUCUCAGCCUUGCUUCCUUCUCUGCGAUGUCUACCACCCCACAUCUCCUUCUGAUCUCUUCAUUCCAUAAAGUCUAUAGCCAGUUUUCCUUCAUCUCUUCUUACUGCAUGUCCAUACCAUCUCAACUUUGUAUCCCUCAUCUUCUCUGCAAUGUCUACCACUCCACAUCUCUUCUUAUUACGUGCCCAAAGCAUCUCACCCUGCUCACCUCACGUCCCUUAUCAUCCUCUAUUAUCUCCUCACCUCACGUCCCUUAUCAAGCCUCACUAUAUAUACUAUUUCUUCAUUUCUUCAAAAAUGAAAAAAAUAAUCUACCUGGAAAUUAGUCUAGCUUGCCACCGUGGUCAGGUAAACUUUUCAGCUUGCCCGGUGUGGAUGCACACUCAGAGUAACACCCCAGACAUCAAAUUUUUCUAUGUUUAUUUUAUAGUUCCAGUGGCGUGUGACCCUAACCCUUGUCAGAACGCGGGCACGUGUACAGUGGUUGUCAAAGGUUACGAGUGCACGUGCCCAACAGGCUUCAUGGGCGCUCAUUGUGAAGGUAUGAGUUUCUCAAUAGAGAGAUUCAGAUUUGACUUCCGCAAUCACUACCUCUCACUAGUUUAGUAUGCAUCUGCUUGGUCAAUCGGAUAUAUCAAACGCAUCUGAUUGGUCAAUCGGAUAUAUCAAACGCAUCUGCUUGGUCAAUCGGAUAUAUCAAACGCAUCUGAUUGGUCAAUCGGAUAUAUCAAACGCAUCUGAUUGGUCAAUCGGAUAUAUCAAACGCAUCUGAUUGGUUAAUGGUCCUUAGUCUGAUUGGUUAAUCUUGGUCUUAUCUGAUUGGUUAAUGGAAGUCAUAUCUGAACCUCUCAGAGCUAAACUACGUCUAGCUCUAUUUAUACUGGAUAGCUUUGUCAGUUGUGAAUUACUAUCUUCAUUUCAUCAAGUAUUUACUCAAAUCUUUCCUGUGAAUGUAUUUUAGUUCGAAGUCAGUGUGAACCAAACCCAUGUAAAAAUGGUGGAUCGUGUUACGACGUGGGGACUGGGUACGAGUGUACGUGUUCUAUCGGUUUCAAGGGAAGCACGUGUGAAGGUAUGUAAGUACGUGAGCAUACUACUUCGUGAUCAGAUGGCAGCAAAAUAUUGUAAUGUAAUACAUAAAACCUGGACGAAAUCGGAAGUGGAUGAUUUCGUUUCAGUCAUCAUGUUGUCUCUACUCCAAGUUUACAUGAGACUCUGAAGUCAUUCUGCUAGUCAGACAGAACAAAAUAUCUGUCUCGUGUCUGGAUAACACCAGACGACUGUACUCGUCCAAGGGAAAGUCUUUCGUAAAUACGGGCUGCGAGAAAUUCCGACAGCAAAAAUAUUUUAAGAACGUCUCAGACGAAAGCUUUGUACUUAGUCUCCCCAAAUCUCGCUUCCUUCUCAUUUUGAAACAAUCUGGGAACGAUUGCCAUGGCUAGCUUCGCCACUGUCGUCAAGGGUAAUUGCGAUAUUUUUGUUUGUUUCAGAUAAGAACAAAUGUCACCCUAAUCCGUGCCGUAAUGGAGGGAUAUGUACGGGUACCAAUGACGUUGAUGGAUUUGAAUGUUUAUGUAGGGAGGGAUACAAGGGGAAAAGUUGCGAAGGUAAUGGAUACAGAAGCGCAGUCUAUCAAUUACUUUCCUCUCAUAUUCAAGUACGAUAUUAUCGUAACUCAAACCAUCUCUUUCUAGCUGUGAAUCAAUGUAGUCCCAAUCCCUGCAAGAAUGGAGCUCUCUGUAUUGAAAAAGGGACCAAGUACGAGUGUACGUGUCCUCUAGGAUACAAGGGAGUAACUUGUGAAGGUAAGAGACAGUGAUGGAUACGCUGGAACAAUGUUGGAUACAAUGUGUAUGCUAAAUAGGAAAGUAAGGCGAAAGUGCCUUAGUGGUUAGUUUUGAAUUUCAAAAUGAUUGUUUGAUAAGGAUAGGAUAUAGAAUGAAUCGAUAUACUAAUAUAUGAGCUUAGCUUAUACAGUAUUAGCAACUUUACUUUGGUAUAGUUUCCAUGGUACAAUCGUCAGAGCAGGCAACUUUCACCUCUAAGAUUGUGGGUUCGAUUCUCGCCGCGGACUCAUGACACUUAUAUGAAAAGAGUUAGUCAAUGCUCUACCUAAAUUUAUGGGUUUUCUCCGGGUACUACGGUUUCCUCCCACAGGAAAUGUUGACAGGGUGGGUUGGGAUUAACCCCCUAACUGACUCUUCCAUCGUAGCUGUGCUCCGUGAUCAGACAUGAGUCAUAAGGUGGCUGCCAGAGACGUCCUUAGUAAGUCUUCGACUGGAUCAGGUUGAACUGCGUCCUUCGUAAUUCAGCUUACCUCUCAGCUGCAAGUAAGGAUGAUUAGCACACCCUCACUCAUUUACUGCAAUGCAUUUUGCGUGCUUGAUGAAUUCAAAACCAUUCUCAAAGUUGCGUGGCACGGGACGCGUAAAAUUGGACGAUUUCCGUGAGAGCAAAUGAAGGUGAACGGAUUUGCGCAUGGUUCUUAAUUCGUCCUGCGUCGUGCGAACGUAUUCCCAAAUUGCAUUUUCUGUGUUGUUUAGAACGAAGUAAUUGUUUUUCCGCGCCUUGCCUGAACGCCGGCACUUGUAUCGAGGAACCCGGAGGAUAUAAAUGUAACUGUAAAUAUCACUUCAGCGGUAUCAACUGUCAAGGUAGGUCACGAUGUAAACUAUAUAAUCUCUUUAGAAAAUUCUGAGAAUUCUGAAUUUAAAAAAAAAAUUAAAAUUUUCGGAAAUUUUGAGUAUUGGCUCAUGGCUUUUUCUGGCGACAUUUUUCGUCCUAUUUCGUACAGUUUUCAUCCCUUGAGAGUAUGUCAUGUAAAAAAAAUGUCGGCAGAGUAGAAUCCCCAUAUGGGCCAUGCUCACAUUUCUCUGUGACUACCAUAUCGAUGGUGACUACGUUUUAGAUAACUUGACUCUCUGUCGAAAAUUGCAUUGCAUGUUGUAGCAAAAAUUGCCUUGUGUAACAUGGACAAGCUUUCCUUGGUAGGAAUGCAACUACCUGAAAAAUAUAUAAGGAGAAUUUCGAUGUUUCGAGCGAAAGCCCUUCGUCUGGAGUUACUCGAAAUUACCUUCGCUCGAAACGUCGAAAUUCUCCUUAUAUUUUUCAGGUAGUUGUAUCCCUACCAACGAAAGCUUGUUCAUAUUAUUGACUCUACCUACACUGUCACAGACAGUUCUUGUGUGACAUGGCCUUUUCUUUAUGGACCAGGGCUCGAAAAAGCGGGCUGCCAAUGCCCAAAAGCAGGUCAUAUUUUAGAAAUGGCAGGCAAAAACAAAUUUGAACUGCCAAAGUAAAAAAAAAUGGCAGGUGAAAUUCUAUAGAUAUAUUUCAUUUCAUUUGCUUACCACAACUCAUAUAUACUAGAUCAUUCAGUUGACUAAAUACGUUUAUAUUUGGAAUGUCAAUCCAAGUUUACUGUAGUAAAAUAGACAAGUUUAAAAACAAUAAAAAUGCAUGUUAUGAAAACAUUGAUUUUUACAAUAUGACUCGUACGCCAUUGUGGCAGUUCAAUGAAUAACAAUGGCAGACUAAAAUUUAUUUCACCUGCCAAAAAAUUUAGACUGGCAGGCCAUAUUUUUUCUCUACUUCGAGCCCUGAUUAUGGACAUGCAGGACACUCUGCGAGCAGGAUUUUAUUCUUGCAUUAUGUAGAUGUCUUAGCAUCAUCUUACGUGUUCCCUGUGUGACUGUACCAAGAUUUUUUAUGGCUGGGCCUUACUAGACGUCUGGAGCUCUAGGCAGAACAGUUUAGAGGUUUCCAGUAUAAAUAAAAUUAGUUUGAUUUAGGUUUUUAUAAUAUUCAGUGUGUUAAUUUUGUUGAUCUUUUGUGUUUUUGUUUUCAGAUCACGUUUGUCAUCCGUCUCCAUGUCAGAACUCGGGAACAUGUCUUGAAGAGCGUGGAUCAUUCCGAUGUGUUUGUGGUAUCGGAUACCAUGGAAAUAACUGUGAAUGUAUGUUGUCUUUUUCUGCACUUCACGUAUUUAUAUGAAAAUAAUUAUUACCUGGGAAAAAGAAUAAUUAGUGGUGUCAAUAAAUGCAUGUGACAUUCACUUUUCUGACUGAGGUUCUACAUAUGAGUUUAUAUUUGACUACAGAGAGUUUAUAUUUGACCUACACAGGUAAUUUUAGAAGAUCUACAGCUUCCUUUAAAAGUUUACUAUUUAGAUACUACUUUAACCUUCUCGAACACGUCUACAACCCAGACAAUCCUAGAACCUUUAAAUCGGUGUGCGUCAAAUGCCACUCUACUCGUUCUAUUCAAAAUUUAUCUUUCAGAUCAUGUUGUUGACAGUUUGGCGAAAGCCAAUUAAUGUUUUUGUGCAUGUAUAGUAAUUUGUCUUUUUUGUCGGGACCCCGUUAUUGGAGUUUAUCUCUGUGGUCAGUCCCAGCCAAUGCACUCGUAGAUAUUUGAAUAAGUUUAAUAUUUGUUUGGUGCGGCGAAUCUUGUAAAAUAAAAAAAUAAAAUAAAAAAAAUUUUAUUUUGGAUUUUGCUGCCAAGAAGAUAGGUCAAUUUUAUAAGCGUGUAUAAGAUAUCGCAUUUUCUGGAUAUCUAGAGAGAACAGUUUAAAACUGACAGAGCUAUCCAGUAUGAAUAAAAUAGUAAAACAAGAACAAAACAGAAAAAAUAUCGAUAAAGAUCUGCAUGAUGCAGCCUUUCGCAGUGGAGUAUUACAGCUUUUAUGAUUACUAAUUGUUUCACUGAAUUAUUCUUCAGACGAGACGCCAUGCAUCUCUCAUCCUUGUCUUAAUGGUGGUACUUGCAUUGACACGACCGCUGUCCACUAUCAUCACCUUGACGCCAGCAUGGUAUCACCAUCAUCUAUGUACACUAAUGGAUAUUAUUGCAAAUGUUCCAAGGGAUACACGGGAACACACUGUGAAGGUAAGGUACACUGAGGUAUAGUGCAGGGUAUCUAUGUACACUGAGAUAUAGAGGAGGGUAUCUAUACAGAGAAAUGGAUAUUGUAAGUAUUUCUCGAGGUACGCAGGAACACACUGUGACGGUGAGGUGCACUGACGUAUAGAGCAGGGUAUAUAUGUACAAUAAUGAAUAUGAUUGAGGGUGUUCCUCGGGCGGUUUAGAGACACAUUGUAGAUGAUAGUUCUUCACCCUUAUCUUGUCAGAAUAGUCACAGGGAUAGUGGUAACUAUGGGUACUAACAAUAAACAUAGAAACAUGUGCUUGUUAUUCGUAAGAUCAAGUAUUUCUAUUUAUGCACAAUGGAUAAUAUUAACGAUGUUUAUCCAGUGAUUAGAAGCUUCAGAAAGGUAAUUUUUAGGCUAACAUUUAUGUUCUUUACCAGAUGAUUCCUGCAGUCACUGUCAUUUCUUUGCUGAUUGUGUCGGAACAAGAUGUCAUUGCAAAGAAGGUUACCAUGGUGACGGAAAGCGUUGUCACAGUGAGUAGACCCCCCCCCCCGAAAAAGUUAUUUAACAGAUAUUAGUACUUAACUAUUAUUUCUUUAUUAUUUCUAGAAAAUGUGUGUCAUCCCAACCCAUGCAAGAAUUCUGGGAAAUGUGUUGAGGCAGGAGAUAGUUAUGACUGUGACUGUUCUGCGGGCUAUACUGGACCUCUUUGUCAAGGUGAGUUGCAACCUCGUCCUCAGAGCAUUUUGCCUCAACGGCUGAAGGUCGGCGAAAAUGGCCCUGGGAUCGGCAGAUCAAUUCUACAAUUCCACUGGUCUGUUCAAAAUCGCUUUUCAAUUUUUUGCAGUAUAAUUUAUUCAAACAACUCUAGUCCGGUGCUUUAAUUGUUUUGUUUUCAAAUUGUACGGUGAAGAAAAUACCGAGAGUAUAGUCAAGAUUCACUUAUGUCCUAUACUUGCCAUGCUAUGUGUUUGUCGGGCUCAUGGAUAUGAGAAUUAUACAAGCAUACUGCUCUUAAAAUAACUUUUAAACGUCUUUAGAUGAAUAAAUUGGCAAAUAGUUCAUUAUACUUCAUAUUUAUUAUUCCUAAACAAAUUUCACAUAAAGUAUUGUAACAAAACGUACAAGCAUGCAUUAUAUCUUGAUGGAUAUUGAUAUAUUGUAUUUAAUUUUAGCAGUGUAUUUAAUUUUAGCUUAUUUAUCUAUAUCUCAUUUGUGAACAACGAGCGUAUUUCAACAUUUGCAAAGCCUAUAUUUGUUCAAAUAAAUUUCAAAAGAAUUUUUUCCACCAUUUAGUUCGUCAAUUCUGUCUGCCUAACCCCUGCAAAAACGAAGGAGUUUGUGUUCCUUCAACUCAAGCCUACUCGUGCUCCUGCAAACGAGGCUUCAAGGGUGAUGACUGUUCAGGUAAAUGACAAGAUUCAGGCCUAUUAGCGUUUUCCUCGCGUGACAAAGUUGAAUGAAUGAUAACUAUUUUUAGAAAGUGACGUGUGCAAUCCGAACCCAUGUCAGAAUAGUGGCACUUGUCGAGAGGAAAACAAUGCCGCUGUGUGCGCCUGCGCUCAGCAGUUUGAAGGAAAGCUUUGUGAAGGUAUGGACUAGUUUUAGUUUGGUGAUCGAGGUUUGGUUGUGGGUGGGACAGUGAGGUUAGGGCAGGGUACGAUAAUUCGAUACAUCUCAGGCCUUAAGCACUGAUUGUUGGAGUACUAGUGAUGUACAACCACUGGGUGCAACUGAAACUGAAUAGGCAAUUAAUUCCAGCUUUGAAUUUAUGCGCGCAGGGGGUGAUGGGAAGUAAGGUAUUAUAUUGCUGAUUAUGCUGAAAAAUUUCAAUAAAUACUACCGAAACAACCGAAAUAUUUCAAUCACUCCGUGUUUACACGGCCACCAUUUUUAUUUUUUCCAGCAUAAUCAGCAAUAUGAUACCUGACUUCCCAUCACCCAUUGCACGCAUAAACUAAAAGCUGGAAUUGUCUCUUGAAUUUGUCGUACUCUUGGUUUUAGUGCAUGUGCUUCCAUUUUAUCAUCACUGAGGUUGAUUUUUAACAUAUGCAGUUGUCUCAUAAUCUCAUUAAAAAUUUUUCUUAGUCGCAUAUGAGAAGAUUACUCCAGUUUCCUCCUCUAGUAACACUUGAUUAAUGAGGCAAGACAAAGCAAGGCCUUAGUGCGUCUCUUAGGAGAGCAGUUCAGAACUGAUCAAGCUAUGUAGCUGUAGUUUAGUUUGUUGAAAGUCGUGUCAUAAAACUUUCUUUUAUUCAGUCGAUAAAUGUGCCAAGUGUGCUGAGAAUGCGCAUUGUGAACAAGGCCGCUGUGUGUGUAAUGAUGGAUAUCAGGAAACAUUCGAGAAACGAUGCGAGAUCCAGCCGGGUGGAGGUUGGUACUGAAUAUUAUCAAAUCAUAGAAUUUCAAAGGAUAUGAACACGAGCUUGUAUACUCUUUAUGAGUGUUCAAUAUACUGUAGAUCUUCUAUUUUCCUUAACAAACCCAAAUGCUGACUUAAAGUUACCAAGCUACCGUAAAAUUGUACCAUGCCAGCUUGCCUGUAUAGCUCUCAGAAGCUUGAAAAUAAACAUUUUUUUGCUUGAUUGAUUUUUAACCAUAUACAGGGUUCGUAGCGGUCUUUGAAAUCGUUGAAAGUCUUUAAAUUGGAAUGCAGGUCUUUGAGGUCUUUGAAAAGUCUUUAAAUUGUGUGAAAAAGCGAAGAAAGUCUUUAAAAGUCUUUGAAUUCUUUAGUGAGUAUUUGAUUAUACGAUUUUCUAGCUAAUAAAAUAGAUUGAUUGAAGCAAGAUUUUCGCAAAUAUCGACGAAAAGGCGCAUUUUAGGAUGUGAUUUGACGGGACUAAUUACUGGGUAAAAAUGGUGCUUACACUCGCAAUUUUUCGACAGCUGAUUGCCCUCAAAGGUCUUUGAAAAGUCUUUGAAAAUAGGCAGAAAAAAUCUUUGAAAGUCUUUGAAUUUUUUUGGUCUUGGAGACUACGAACCCUGAUAUAUUAAGCUUAAUUAAAUUCUUACUGAGACAAGAUAAAUUGUCAAGAGGACGGUUUAGGAAAGAGCAAAUUUUUAAAAGUGACUCCUUCCUUUCAUUUGAAAUUGUUUUCGCUUUCAGAAAAUAGUUCGUUUCAAAUCACUUUAUUGGUUUAUCAUUACUUUCUUCGCCAUUGUCACUGGUUGUUAAAGUGGGAAUGUAACAUGAAUUUAAUCCUUCAUGUACAGCAUAUUUUAAAGACAUUAAUCGGUGGUAAACCCCACCGGCGCUCCGCCCCCGUGGAGAUAUCUUCGGAGUACAAUAAUUCCUUCUCUCUUCCAGCUGCAGACCCGUGUACUCCAAACCGAUGUAAAAAUGGCGGUGUCUGCCAUCAACCGGGACGGUGCGAGUGUCCUGAGGGCUACGAUGGAAAAUUUUGUGAGGACGGUAAUUCGCAUUCUUGCCUUACUACUGUAGCUCUUGGUUGGAAGCAAACAAAUUUCUAGUCAAUUAUUUUUUCAAGUUGAAUAGUACAGAUAUUAUGCUUGCGAUGUUACUCUGAGUGUAUAUCCACACUGGGCAGGCUUGAAAAAUAUGCCUGGCCACGGUGGGAAUCCUACGACCUUUGGAAUACUAGCCAAAUGCUCUGCCAACUGAGCCACGCAGUCACGUCGGUUCGAGUAUGAGAUAUUUCGGAACUGAGUCCAGUUCCUUCGAUAUUGAUGUAAUCUAGUAAUCAUGAAUUUUUUCUGUGUUGCUGUAAUGUACUCAGAUGAAUAUCAUGAUUGUGAUGUUACUCUGAGUGUAUAUCCACACCGUAGGUUCGAUUCCCACCGUGGCCAGGCAUAUUUUUCAAGCUUGCCCGGUGUAGAUAUACACUGAGAGUAACAUCACAAACAUCAUAUUCACCUGAGUACAUUACACCAACACAGAAAAAAAGUACUGAUAUUGUUUGGCACAAAAAAAUCGCAAGUUGAAUGAGCGGGUAAAUGAAUGGGUGGGUAAAACUAUCCUGCAUGGAUCGCAAGUGUAAGCAGCGUUCUACACUAAGCUGCGGUGGUUGUAUCGGCCUGAAAAAGAUUUCUAAGCUCGAGAUGUUUUUAUUCUUGUUCAGGUACUUGAGAUACAAACCAAGCUGUUGGUUGUAAAUCAAGCUGUAGUCUGAGCAACACGACAACGACAAGAUAAUAAGAACGGUAACAACGACGACGACGAAAACAACAACAACAACAAUGACGACGACAAUAACAACAACGACGACGACAACAACAAUAACAACAGCGACGACGACAACGUCUCUAGCGACGACGACGACAACAACGACGAGAACAACAACGACGAGAACAACAACGACGACAACAUCAACGACGACGACGAUAACAAUGACAACAACAACGACGACGACGACGACGACGACGACGACAACAACGACGGCGAUAACAAUGACAACAACGAGGACAACAAUAACAACAGCAACGACGACGACGACGACGACAACAGCGACGACGACAACAAGAACAUCAACGACGACAACAUCAUCAACGAUGACAACAACAAGAACGGCGACAACGACGACGACAACAACGACAACAACUACAACAACUACAACAACUACAACAACGACAACAACGACGACGACGAUGACAUUAUUUUUCACAACCAAAAAAAAAGGCAUAACCUUAAUCCUAAUCUUUUCGUAAAUUUUUCAGAGGAUACUCAGUCGGUGGGAAGAGCGGAUCCCUGCAGUCCUAGCCCCUGCAAAAACAAUGGUGUUUGCUCCUUAGCAAGCAACAAACCUGCCUGUACGUGUCCGCAAGGUUUCUCAGGGGAUUAUUGUCAAGGUAACAGAAUUACGACAUUGGAUUAUACUUUCUUAAGGCCCGUUUACACUUGCAAUUUUUGCUGCGAUUUCUAGUACGAUCUUCUUCUGAUGGAUGUGAAGGAGUGGAUGAGUUACAAAUGCUCAGAUGAAGAAAUAAAGAAACAUGUACUCAGAACAUUCACAACUCAUCUACUCGUUCUCAUCCAUCAGGAGAAGAAGAACAAUGCGAAAAUUGCAAGUGUAAACGGGCAGCAUGGAGGUUGACAUGGUGGGGAAGUGGACGCCCUUUUUCGAUAACAGUUCUAUUGUUGAUUUACGUUUAUCUACAGUUCGAGCCCUGGCUCCCAAGUCGCAGUGUCACCCAAAUCCUUGUCAAAAUGCUGGGACGUGUCGUGAAAAUGGGCCUGGGUACGACUGUAUUUGUACCACUGGAUAUAAAGGACCUCAUUGCGAAAGUAAGUGUGAGCAUUCGUAGUCCGAAGCGGGCAAAGACCUGUGUAUUUUUGUCCCUUUAACUUCAUAGUUUAUGAAAGUGAUUUUGCACAACAAAAAUCGUGUGCAUACCUUUCUUUGUGUUUACGUUUUAGUUGACGAAUGUGAAAAAUGUGAUCCACAUGCAAUUUGUGUCAGCGGUCAUUGCAAGUGCAGGACGGGGUACAUAGGAAACGGAUAUGAGUGUGUGAAAGGUAUGGAUUUUAUAUAUCUGAUCACUGCAAUACGAAGCAAGUGAAAGUCGCGAGUCGAGUUGUAUUUUAUUCUCUAAAUGAGUCAAAAGUGUGGGGCAUGCAAUGUGCAGAGUUAGUAAACAUUCAGGUUUAUCUUAACAACAUUGUUUUUUGUGGGGGUGUUGCCCCCCGAACAGUUUGCUUUCGACGCCACUGAUCUCUAAGAUAGAUCAGUUUGCUUUCGAUGGCACUGAUCUAUCUCUCUACAAGUACUACAAAAUGCGUACGAUUAACAUACUAACUUGCAACUGGAGUCAGAAAUCAAAUAAUCAGUAUCAGUAUUCUUUAUUCCAAACUCUUCAGGCCUUGUUGUUCUUCCUGACUAUUUUCGAUGAAUUCUGAACAAGUUGUAGUCAUUUACGGCAGAAAUCAACAAAUUAAGGGGCUGUUCGUAUGAGCCUCACGAAAAAGCUUUCGUGACCAUAAAAGAUCGUUUGAAUGAACUUUAUACUGUUACUAGAAUCAAACUAAACUAUUCUGUAAUUCAACUUUGAAAUGUCACAUUGGAUGUUUAUCAAAGCCGUGAUUAGAGUUUUAUUAAACGAAUCGUCCCGAAUCCAAAUGAGCCCCUGAGUCGAUUAAUUUCUCGUAUUCAAGUCGAGUCGCCGAUUGCAGGUUAAGAGUUGCAAAUCGCAAGACUAUUUUUCUUCUUGUUGUAGAGUCAGACAAUGAAUGCGACAGUUGUAGUCCCCAGGCGACAUGCAAGAAAGGAUCGUGUAUUUGUCUAUUCCCGCUAGUAGGCGAUGGUCAAAGCUGUUCUUUACGUAAGUAGUGGACACCCACCCCCCUUACAGUCACCUCGUUCAUACGACCAUUGACCAUCAAAUUUUUGUCUCCCGUUUGUGGCCAUAUCAACGCGAUUCCACUGUAAAUGUCUCUUCAUUUGAAUUCCGUGUCAAUCAUCUAAUGAUCUUCAUUUCAAAUACGUAGUUCCCCUGUCCCAUAAUAUCUACCACUGUGUAAUUUAUGUUUUUUUUUCAUUGUACAGCCACCCCAGCCCCUCCACCUCCCCCACCUCCAACUACAUAUUCAACGUGUUCGUAUUCAACAUGUCCGCCUCCCAGUCAAUGCUAUGGAAAUAUAUGUAUGUCUAAAAGGUAA